GGUUACAGCAAGAGUUUUGUUGUGUAGAUGAGCUUGGCCUCAGACUGAAUCGGGGCAUGAAAUAUGAUAUUAUUUAAACGUUUGUGUUUGGGCCAAAAUUGGACGUCUAAACGGAAGCCGUUCAAAGGAAAUGGUGAGACAAGAGGCGAGUGAACGCUGAGGGGCUGCAGUACACGCGUCGCACAUCAUCAGUUGGUUUUAGGUGUAGCUGUUGCUGCUGCCCUGCUGCCGACGUGUCGUCAUGGCGACCAGCGCGGUGCCCAGCGACAACCUCCCCACGUACAAGCUGGUGGUGGUGGGCGACGGGGGCGUCGGCAAGAGCGCGCUCACCAUCCAGUUCUUCCAGAAGAUCUUCGUGCCCGACUACGACCCCACCAUCGAGGACUCCUACCUGAAGCACACAGAGAUCGAUGGGCAGUGGGCCAUCUUAGAUGUCCUGGACACGGCUGGCCAGGAGGAGUUCAGUGCCAUGCGGGAGCAGUACAUGCGGACGGGCGACGGCUUCCUCAUCGUCUUCUCCGUCACAGACAAGGCCAGCUUUGAGCACGUGGACCGCUUCCACCAGCUCAUCCUCAGGGUCAAAGACAGGGAGUCUUUUCCAAUGGUCCUGGUAGCCAACAAAGUGGACCUGGUGCACCUACGCAAAAUCUCCUCAGAGCAGGGGCGGGAGAUGGCCACCAAACACUGCAUAACCUACAUUGAAACAAGUGCCAAGGACCCUCCCAUGAAUGUGGACAAAGCCUUUCACGAACUGGUGCGCGUCAUCAGGCAACAGAUUCCAGAGCGUGGUCAGAAGAAAAAGAAGAAAGCCAAGUGGCGAGCUGACCGACCUACCGGAUCUCACAAACUGCACUGCGUCAUCUUCUGAUGCCGUCACUACUCAAGUGUGUGUGUGUGUGUGUGUGUGUGUGUGUGUGAGAGAGAGAGUGUGAGUGUGUGUGUGUUGGAAGUGAGAGCACAGUACACAUGGACACACUUCUGUAUGUGUAUGUGAGAGCGAUCGAGAGUUUUGAAACUCUUCAGUAGUUAAAGGCACCCAGGCGAUGUCAGACAUGUGUGUGUGCGCACGAGCAUGUGUGUGUGUAUAAUUAAGGCACCCAGGUGAUGUCAGGUGUGUGCGUUUGUAUGCGCGCGUGCAUACAGUACAUGCAUGUGUGUGUGUAUAAUUAAGACACCCAGGCAAUGUCAUGCGUGCGUGCGUGUGUGCGCGCGCGAGUGUGUGUGUAUAAUUAAGACACCCAGGCGAUGUCAUGCGUGCGUGCGUGUGUGUGUGCGCGUGCAUGCAUGCAUGUGAGUGUGUGUGUGUGUAUAAUUAAGACACCCAGGCGAUGUCAUGCGUGCGUGCGUGUGUGUGUGUGCGCGCGCGUGCAUGCGUGUGUGUGUGUGUGUAUAAUUAAGACACCCAGGCGAUGACGGGCAUGGACUGUUACCCCACCGAGUGCCUACAUCCUUCAGGUCUCUCGUGGCCACUUUGAUCACGCUGCCUCUGGUUCUGCUCGGACCCGGAAGGUUCCACUCGGACCUGGGACGUUCCGGUUGGAACUGGCGAGGUCUACGCCACUCGUCUAACACAUCGGAUAGGAUGGGGGAGGGGCUAAGAUUAUUCCCACCCCCUCAACGCGAACCCUUUCCCCAAACCCCCUGGAACCGUCCUACCAAUGGACCUCAGUAAGGCAGGACCCAUCCACUUACACACACACACACACACACACACACACAUAUUAUAUCUGAAGAGGCCUUUCUCUUGGUUUGGGUUGUGUUGGCGUUGUGUCUAUGUUGUCGUUUGCUGUAUGCGAGGGCAGGACCUCAUCAUCUCUGCGAGGCCCUCAUCAGUAUUCUGGCCUCCGACCAAUGGGAUGCCUGCGGAGCUCGGCCUCCAGCCAAUGGGAAUCUUGCGCAGCUCAGUCUCCGGCCAAUAGGAAACCUGCACAUCUCAGCACUGCCCCUGAGCUAAGCCCAAGGCAAAGGGUGAGGGGAGGAGAGAGUGAGGAAGAGAAGAGGGUGAAAGGAAGAGAGAGUGAGUGGAAGAGAGAGGGAGAAAAGAAAGAAAGAAAGAAAGAAAGAGGAUGUGGAUGUUUGCAUUAGGAUCAAGAGGCCUGCCAGCACGGCGUAGGAAGAACGAGAGAGUUGAAAAGAGCAACAAGGAGUGCGACUGAACCCAUGAUCAUGGCAGAACAGAGAAGCAGGGAACAGGAUGGAGAGACGGACAGACAAACUGUGAGAAACAGACAGAACGUGUGAGAAAGACAGCCUGGCAGAUGGAGAAGGAGAGAAAAAUAUGAAGAGAGAGAGGGGGGGGGAGAGAGAGAGGGAGAGAAAGCUUGAGCCUGCGAGGUCUUGGAUUCCCAAAUGCAUUCCAGCUGGCUGCUGGGCUUUAGACAGUGUGUCAAAGUCUGGGCCAAUGCCAAAGUGCAGCCUCAAAGUUCGACUUUGUGUGUGUGUGUGUGUGUGUGUGUGUGUGUGUGUGUGUGUGUGUGUGUGUGUGUGUGUGUGUGUGUGUGUGUGUGUGUGUGUGUGUGUGUGUGUGUGUGUGUGUGUGUGUGUGUGUGUGUGUGUGUGUGUGUGUGUGCGCGUGUGUGUGUGCGUGUUUGGCUGAUUGCUGGAUAAGCAUUUGUUUUUGUUGUCACCUGUCUGAAACACUUGAUGUACUAUUUUGAACAUUUUGGGCUUGUAAACAAACAAACGAACAAACAAAAACAAAACAAAAAAAAAACAGAAAAAUAAACGAAAAGUAUGUCGCUUGCUAAAAAACGGUAUUCUGCAAAUGUCUUGAAGUGCUUUACAUUACAUGGAUUAUAUUUGACUCACGAGCUAGAGGGCUGUUCAUGAUAUUGGACUAUUUGUUAAACCAAAUGAGAUGAAUUUGACCACCUUGCCAUACCUGUUGAGUGGUCUGAUGGAACACGAAGGUUGCUGUCAUUUCUUACUGUUGUUACUGUUGUUGUUGUUGUUGUUUGUCUUUAUCAGAAAAGGUGUAUUUUGAUGUUUCACUGGCACCGGCAGCUUGGUGGUUUACUUUGUCCUGUUGAAUCAAGGUGUGUGUGUGUGUGUGUGUGUGUGUGUGUGUGUGUGUGUGUGUGUGUGUGUGUGUGUGUGUGUGUGUGUGUGUGUGUGUGUGUGUGUGUGUGUGAGAGAGAGAGAGAGACAGUGUGUGAGUGUGCCCAUGGGAAAUGGUGCAAGGAUGUGGUUAUUUUUGUUUGUUCGUUUCUUAGCGGUCAACAUUUUUGCUACUGUCUUUUUUUUCAUCAUUAUUUCUUUAAUAAGUAAUUUAUUGUUAUAAAUAUUACUACACCAACAUAUUUGAAUUUUGACUAGCAGAGUGCCAGGCUCACUAUGAACUUGUGGAAAAAAGGGAUAUACUUGUUAUUCAAAAAUUCAGGUUUGUAAGUAAACUAAUAAACUUGGUUGUUCAAAGGA